UAUUCUAGCCAAGACUAGCAUUCUCUGAAAUUUUGGUUGAAAUCGGAUGAAAAAUAACAAAAUUGGUUUCUGAGGGGGGGGGCCCUUAAAUUUAUUCAUGCUGUAUUAAAUGCUUUAAAUAAUCAUAAUUUCAAACUGAAUUUACCUAAAUCCGCAUUGAUACAUGAACGCAUUGAAUAUCUUGGGCAUGAAAUAGAUCAUACAGGUUAUCGACUAUUACAAAAUAACAUCAAAGCUGUUAUUGAUAUUCCCACACCAACAACUUAUGAUGAAGCUCAUCGAUUCUAUGGAAUGGCAAACUAUUAUCGGUCAUUUAUUAAGAACUUCGCAGCAGUCGCCCAUCCAUUACAAACAUUUCAAGCUAAGAAAGGUGAAUUUGUUUGCAAGGCGAAACAACAAUUAGCAUUUGACACAUUAAAGAAGCAUCUAGUAUCAGAACCAUGUACGUUAAAUUUUCCAAAACCAAAUGUUCCUUUUAUAUUGGCUACUGAUGCAUCAUCAAAGAAUGGUAUUGGUGUUACGUUAAAGGAAAAAAUUGAUAAAAAAGAACAUGUAAUUGUAUAUUUAUCACAUAAUUUAAAUAAAGUGGAAAGAAAAUGGAGUGUUACGGAACAAGAAUGCUGGGGUCAAAAAAAGUGA